AGGCCUUUUUUAUAAGCUCGAUCGCUCUCGACUAGUAUCCUUUGAUGGCACGGCUUGGAUUCAAAGAAACGCUUAUAUCUAAGGGAGGAGGCCGUUUCAGCGUAAAUGAACUUCUUAAACGUCUUCGCGUGCUUCAAAGUGAGCUUGCAGAACAUGAUCAAGAGCAGAUUGAAAGAGAGUCAUUGAAUGGGAUAAUUGUUGAAUUAAUAAAUGAAGGAUUAUUAAAUCAUAAGGAUAAAGGAGUUCGUGCAUAUACGGCAUGUUGUUUGGCGGAUAUUCUUCGGUUAUGUGCACCAGAUGCGCCAUAUACGCCGUCUCAAUUGAAUAAUAUUUUUGAAUUAUUUGUUGGACAGUUGAAGAAUCUUUUUAGCUCGGAAUUACCGUAUUAUGCACAGUCAUUUUAUCUUCUUGAGAGUUUAUCUCAAGUUAAAUCAGUAGUUUUGAUAGCAGAUCUUUCGAAUGGGCAUUCGUUAACAAUGGAGUUAUUUCGUAUGUUUUUCGAGAUGGUUACACCGGAGCAGCCACGAAACGUAGUAAUCGCUAUGGUUGAUAUUUUGGCACAAUUGAUUGAUGAAUUUGCAACGCUUCCUCCAAAAGUUAUAGAUAUUAUGCUUUCUCAAUUUACAGUAGCGAGUUCGAAAAAGAAUCAUCCAUUUGGAAUGAAGACAGAGCGACCUCCUGCAUAUAUUAUGGCUAAACAACUCUUUAAUAUUUGUGCGGAAAGGCUUCAGAGAUAUGUCUGUCAGCAUUUUACAGAUGUUGUUUUUGAGGCGAAUCGAUCAAUUGAAAGGGAUCCGCAAGUAGAAUUAGAUAAAGUUGUAUUAGAAGAGGUAGAAAAGGUUCAUAAUUUAGUUUAUGAACUUUAUAUAGCAUCUCCUUCUGUUCUUGAAAAUAUUAUGCCUCAAUUAGAGCAAGAACUUAUGGUAGAAAAUGUAGCACUUCGACUAUUAAGCACGUCAACUAUUUCUGAAAUGUUUUCAAUUAAAGAACAAAAGGUUGAUUUUGUCAAGGAAUAUCCGUCUUUGUGGAAAAGUUGGGUAUCUCGUGGAAAUGAUAAAAAUUCUUCUAUACGAAUAAGAUGGUUAGAGGGUUUAUUUAAUGUUUUAAUUAAUUUUGGUUACUCCCCUGAGGCAAUGGCUGUUGCAAUUGAGGGUAUUCUUUCAAAGCAUGUAGAUAUCGAUGAAAAAGUACGUAUGACGGUUUGCAAAAUGAUAGGCUCUUUGGAUUAUAAAAUAGUCUCUGAAAGGAUUCCAAGUAAUAUUUUGGAAGCUUUAUCCGAUCGAUGUAAAGAUAGGAAGCACAUGGUUCGAGUUGAAGCGAUGCACUGUCUUGGAAAAUUAUAUUAUAUGGCUUAUAAUGAUAUUUUAAAAAAUUCAAAUCCUACAACGGAAUGGUUUUUAUCAAUUCCUUCUCGAAUACUACAUACUAUAUAUAUAAACGAUAAGGAGAUUAAUGCAUUGUUGGAAUUUGUUUUAUAUCAAUAUAUUCUUGACUAUACAGAGAUGGAUGAUUUUAAACGGACUGAACGAAUGCUAUUCACGUUUAAAAAUUUGGAUGGUCGAGCUAAACAUGCAUUCUUAUCAUUAGGAAGGAAUCAACCUAAAUAUGCUAAAAUAGCAGAAUACUAUCUUAGUAUUUGCGAAAAAUAUAAUGGUGGUGUAAUUACUGAUAAUGAAAAGAAAGCCCUUUCAGCUUUGAAAGAUGCUAUUACUCGUCUUAAGUCUCUAUAUGGUGAUUCUUCUAAGGCAGAAUUGGAUUUCGAAAAGUUUUCUCGAUUAAAUGAUAGGCGUUUAUAUAAGUUACUUGGAGAUUGUAUGAAUCUGAUGAGUGAUUAUAAACAAAUUCAAAAAUCUCAGAAGGAGUUUUUUAAACGAAUAGAACAAUCAUCAACUUUAGUGGAAACAUUUAAGAUUCUUGUUUUGAAAAUAAGUCCAAUGCUAUAUAAUAAAAGUGUGAUUUCACCGAUUAUUGAAUAUGCUAGAUCUAAUAAAAAUAUGUUGGCGGAUACUGCAUGUGAACUUUUAAAGGAAAUAUCCUUAGUACAGCCUUCCGUAUAUAAAGCACAUAUAGAGGAAAUCUUAUCUUUAAUUAAAGAACAUGAUAUUAAAUCGAACAUAUCUUAUGUUGAUACCUUGAAAGUUUAUGCUCAAUUUACUAUUUCAUUUCCUCAAGAUAUAACUAUUGAUCCGAAAUUAUUAAAGGCGCUUACUUCUUUUGCUUUGAAAGGAACGCCUGCUGAGUCAAAACAAGCUGUUUUUAUUUUGUUGCAUUCAAUGAAUAAAGAGAAAUUUACUCCUGAUUUAAUUAAAAAAAUAUUUGAUGGGCUUACUGUUGGUUCGGAGUAUUUUUUAACAAGAUUAUCAGCUUUAUCUCAAUUUGUACUUUAUGCACCUGAAGAAAUGGAACCUAGAGCAGAUCAAUAUACGAGUUUCUUCAUUAAGGAAGUGUUACUUGUUAAUCUUAUUUCUGAAGAUUCAAGUGAGGAAGAUUGGGUAGAAAAUAAUGUUCUUGAAAAUGAGUGUAAAGCUAAGAUACUUGCGCUCAAAACUCUUGUGAAUAGAUUAAGAGCAAAUGUAAAUGCAGAUGGUAUUCAGGAACUGGCAAAACCUGUAUUUCGGCUUCUUGCAUCAAUUUUAACAAAUAUGGGGGAAAUUUCAAAAGAAAGAAACACUCCAGCUCGAUUUCAAUCACACAUACGUUUAGCUGCUGGUCGAUUGUUUUUAAAGCUGUCUAGUUAUAGUGUGUUUGAAGAAAUGAUCUCUGUUGAAGAUUUUUACAAAAUGGCAUUAUUGGUACAGGAUCCAUGUUUUCAGGUUCGUUAUAAUUUUGUCAAAAAAUUGAUGAAAGGUUUAAAUUUAAAUAAAUUGACUGCUCGUUAUUAUGUACCUAUUUUUCUUAUGGCCCAUGAGCCAGAAGAAGAGUUUAAGCAAGAGGUGUCUAAAUGGAUUAAAUCGUGUAUAUCUGCUUAUCGUGCUCGUGAAAUUUUUACGAUUGAAUAUGCAAUUGUAAGAUUUAUUCAUUUUCUCUCUCAUCAUCCCGAUUUUUCUACUGAUUCUGAUGAUUUAAUUGAUUUUGCAAAAUAUAUAAAUUUUUAUUUGGAACUUGUGGCCACUUCGGAUUGUUUGUCAUUAUUGUUUCAUUUAGUACAGAGAAUAAAGCAAGUUUAUGAUUUAAUAUCUCCCGAAAACAGUGAUAGACUUUAUGUUUUAUCCGAUUUAUCUCAAGCUUUGAUUAGGAUUGUUGCUGAAUCCAAUUCAUGGACAAUGCAGAUUUAUCCAAAAAAAUUGAAGUUGCCAAUAGAAUUGUAUGCUCCAUUAACUAAUGCAAAAGUCGCUACAGAGAUUACACAACGAAAUUAUAUUGAUAAAGAUAUUGAAGAACAAUUAUUAUCAUUAACAAAGUCCCUUAAAUUAAUUCGAAAACGGAAAUCUAUUGGUGAAAAGCAAAUAGAACCUAUUAAAAGGCGUUUUUCAAAGAAUACCAUUAAAAAUCAAAGAAAGAAAAAAUUAGAAAAUACAUCUGUUCCAUUAAGACGAAGUAGAAGGGUUUUACAAGCAGUUAAUUAUGUUGAGAACGGUGAUGAAGAUGAUGACGAAAUGAUAGAAGAAAUAAAUGAUCAUGAAAGCGAUGAAAGUGAUGCUCAAUUGGAUAGCUUGGAUACUGACAGCAGUCUUUCUCCAUAAAUAAAAAUAAAAUGAACGAUAUUUGAUAGGGAAUUGUAAUUAGUCA